AUGCCGCAGACAACAAGAGGGGUCCGGUGUCCCGCGGGCGGCAAGCAACUCAUGCACGGCGGCACAAGCAUGGUCUUUACCUUUACCGACAAACCUGGUGUCGUGGCCAAGCUGCCCUACGAAGACGACGACCACAAGGCCCUGUUCGAGACGGAGAAGCGCAUGUGUCCAAUGUGGCAUUGGGCGACACCAUCGAAAAAUGCUGGAAGACCGAGUUUGCUUCUGCACAAGAAGUGGUGGACUGCAUUCGUGAAAAGGUAA